AUUGGGAGAGUAACCGACCUGUUCCCGCCAUGGAGUUGGUCUACCACGAAAAGCAGGAGGGUCGACUCUGCGGCCAACACUGCCUGAACAACCUCCUCCAGGGUCAGUAUUUCACCGCGGUUGAGUUGGCGGAGAUUGCUUGUCAGAUGGACCAGGCGGAGCGGCAGCACAUGGCGGCGGCGGGGGUGAACACGGAGGACUUCAGGCGGUUCAUGGAGCAACCCUCAGGCAACAUGGACGACACAGGCAUGUUCAGCGUACAAGUCUUGACGAGUGCUCUACGCGUCUGGGACCUGAGUUUGGUUGCGAUAUCAUCUACCACGUCAACCACAGCUGCAACCGCUCGCUCCGCACCUGAGCACCAGAAGGCUUUUAUCUGCAACUACAAACUCCACUGGUUCACGAUACGAAAGCUUGGACACCAGUGGUUCAACCUCAACAGCCUCCUAUCACACCCUGAGCUGAUAUCCAACACCUAUCUCGCCCUCUUCCUCUCCCAGCUGGAGCAUGAAGGGUACAGCAUCUUCGUGGUGGAGGGGUCGCUGCCCCCCUCGGAGGCGGAUGAGACCCUCCGUGCCACCCCUGCCGUCCAGACCUCCCCCCCCAGACUAUGCCUACAGGAAGAAGAUGAGGACCUGAGGGAGGCUCUCGCUCUCUCUCUCUCCUCCUCUCAGCCUCAGCCUCCUCCUCCUCCUCCCUCCUCCUCCUCCUCCUCUUCCUCCUCUCCCUCCUCCUCCAAGAAUGUCUGCAAAGAUGAUGAAGCAGAAUAUUAUGAAAUUCAAAAAGCAAUAGCUCUGAGCCUAACCAGCGACGGAGGCGGAGGAGGAGGAGGAGGAGGAGGAGGGAUGGAGAAGAGGUCAUCCGUGUCAUCACCAGCGUCGGCCAAGGUCAUGCUGGGGUCAUCCGGAGGUCAGGUCGCGGCCGGGUCAAGCUCGGAGGAGGAGGAGUUGAAUGCGGCCAUCUUGUUGAGUCUACAGCAGGAGGAAGAAGGAGGAGGAGGAGGAGGAGGAGGAGGAGGAGGAGGAGGAGGACAAGGUGGCAGCACAAGGGAGGAGAGAGUGGAGGAGAGGAGGGAGCCCACCAUGGAGGAGAUCAGACAGAGGAGACUAAACUACCUCACCAAGAAGGCUGCCAACCCAUAGCAUCCUCCUCCUCCUCCUCCUCCUCCUCCUCCUCCUGAGCUGUUUGGUAAAGUUUUCCAGUAGUUCAUUAACUUCACAAUCAUUACCAAGAUCAGUUUUUUUAUUAGUUCAGAAUUAUUAAGAAGAAUUAUUUGUUUGUUUGUUUGUUUUCUUCCCGGCGUGAAGGAAGAGUGUGGUGUGUGGUGUGUGGGUGUGUGUGGCAGGCAGGGCUCGGCGUGGUCACCGGCCGCACCGCCCACCAAGUGAAGGGCCCCCCAGGCAUGGCCCGGUAGCUCAGGGGUGGAGCGUCUGGCUCACAACCAGAAGGACGGGGGUUCGAUUCCCCGGCCGGGUGAAGAUAAGUUGUGUUUGUCUUCUUCCACGUGUAGGCUGUGUCCACCCAGCAGUGAGUUGGUGCGCGACGGCAGGCAAGGAGUUGUGGCCUCGUUGUGGCGCUGUGUUGUGUGGGAGUGGUCUCAGUCCUGCCCAAAGAUCGGUACUACGAGCUCUGUGCUCUUCCCCAGGGGAGCGGCUGGCUGUCUUGAGAGACCCGCAGCAGACCAAGAAGUGAACUACACCCCCCAGGGUGAGGGCUGCCUCCCCAGUGUGAUGCUGCCACAGCACGGCACACCUGUGUCGUGUGGCACACACACCACACUGGUGCCCAGACCAGGCAGUGGUCUUGUUCACCAGAGGCGGGUGUGUCCCUGAGUGACCUGAACACAACAUUCACUGAAUACAAAAUUACUCCAGGUGUGGCACAAAGCCAAGCCUGCGCUGCAUCAGGUGACAUGAAGCCACAGACCCACCCAGGCAGACACCCCAGCCAGGCCAGGCAGCCCCAGGGUGUGUGUGUGUGUGUGUGUGUGUGUGUGUGUGUGCAUCACAGUGUGGUGCGGGCCAGGCCAAGUCUUGGCCGCCUGGUGAGGGCCGUGGUGUUGCUGGGCCACACAGUCCUGCAGGGUGGCAGUGUUCAUCUUAAAGAGUGAUCACUGUGGCGCGGCACACUGUGGCGCUGAUGUUUAUUACCACCAGCGACUCACGGCACCAACCCUGUGUGUGUGUGUGUGUGUGUGUGUGUGUGUGUGUGUGUGUGUGUGUGUGUACACCAGUGACAACACCAUUAUUGUCACCUUCCAUUAUCAUUACUAUUACUAUUACUAUUAUUACUAAUAUUAUUAUUAACAUUUGUCUCCUGUUAUUGAUCUCCAUAAUGAGUCACAAGGAACUUAUUUAUUUUUUUCACGUCCUAAUUUCCACCUUGUCAAUUCCUUCCACCAUCAUCAUUAUUAUUAUCAUUAUUAUUAUUAUUAUUAUUAUUAUUAUUAUUAUUAUUAUUAUUGUUAACUGAUUUUAGGGGGGUACAGCCUGGACCCCCCCUCCCCCCUCCUCCCCCCACCCCCUUCUUGUGCUCAGGGGGCGGGCAACCUCAGUCAACAGUGUGUGUGUGUGUGUGUGUGUGUGUGUGUGUGUGUGUGUGUGUGUGUGUGUGUGUGUGUGUCAUUACUACUACUACUGCCAUUCUUGUAUUAUGAUUACGUACAUGUGUGUGUGUGUGUGCGUGUGUGUGUGCGUGUGUGUGUGUUUAAUACUGCCAAAUAUUGUAUUAUAGACAUGACCGUGUGCGUAUACAUGUGUGUGUGCGUGUGUAUAUAUGUGUGCGUGUGUGCGUUUGAUACUAAACUGCCAACCUUGCCGCGUCUCGUGUAUAACUUAGGCCCGUGUGCGUCUGUGUGCGCGUGUGUGUGCGUUACAACCCUCUGUCAACAAAUGAACUCUGAGGUGCAAAGAAAAAGUAUAAAAAAAUACUUAUAAAUAAUGUUAAUAAUUAUAGAAGAUUUAUAUUAA